UGAUGCAAGACUGUGUAAAUUAGGAUAUAUUUGAUUUUGAGACGUGGCUUAACGGCGUCACACAUAUUACAUUUUUUUGUCCAGCUUCAUACAUUCGGGGCUGAAGCCCAUGCAAAAUAACCUGGCGACGCCGAUGAUGAAACAAACAUUUAUUCCAGUUAAACUCACACUCAGCAACAUUUAAGUUGAAUUUUAAUAAUUUACGUUCAUUUACGUCUGUAUUUUUUUGUAAAAAUAAUAAAUAAUGUAUUCCUCGGCGUACACUAUCUUUAUGUAAUUGUUGCACACAUAGUUUUCCACAGAACAGCGCCCGUCUCGGCUGUGGCGUUGCAGAAAUCCAGCUUUACUUUCACUUUUGAUUUUCACUUCAGUGGAAACUACAGCGCACCGGAGCCUCUGUGUUUGCUUUCGUCUCACUUUACGGCGUUUCGACAGGAAAAUAAACCAGCAACCACAUACAGUCACAGGUCAACAUAUUCAUGGCUGACACGAACAACAGCCCGAUAAAUGGCAAGAUGGACGGCGGUUUGGAGGAAGACAGUCAACUUGCGGAGGCCAAGAAAGAGCUGGAUACAUGGAAGGCUAAAGUAGAGAAAGCAUAUGAUGUGAAAUCCCGGCUGAUACUGGAAAAACUGGAAGAAGAUGAAGCCAAGUCAAAGGCCCAGCAGGAGAUGUUGGAUUGUGCCAAAAAUCAGAAAGAGUGUCAGGAGGAAUUCGCUGAAAGCAUGAAGGCAGUGCAGGAUGAAAUCCUGAAGCUUGGCAAACGCAAGCAGGAUUUGCUGGACAAACUGAUGACGUGUCAAGCAGAGCUAGAGGCUAAGAGAACUGACACUGCCAAACUGAAGCAGAAAUUCAAGAUCUACGCCCAGAUUCCAGACACAGAGGUGAAGUUCACUUGUCAGAAUAAAGAGGAGAGUGAUGACAACAGUCAGUCAAUCAGAGAAGUGUUUGCCAUCAGCCAGAGACCCACUGUACCUCUGCAGGGAGGACAGGCACUCAUCACUUUUGAGGAAGAGAAAGUGACUUCUCAGAUCCUGAAGAUCGCCAAGUGCUCAGUGUCCUGUGAGAACUCUACUUUGGCUGUGAAACCAAAAAGAAUAACCAUGGAUCCAGCUGUUAAGUUUGAGAUCCACCUUGAUGUUUCCAAAAAGGAGCUCAAGGUCUCCAAUGUCCCCCCUUCCAUCCCAGAGGAGAGAAUGAGGGACCGACUGGAGAUGAGUUUCUCCAGGCCCAGCAGAGGGGGUGGAGAGGUGGAGAAAGUGGAGUACGAUAAGAACACUGGGACAGGACAGAUCACCUUCCUCCACCCUGGAGUUGCUGAGAGUCUGGCUCUGAGAGGGAGGUACUGUGUGGAUCUGGACUCUGAAGUGAAUGUACAGGUUGGACCCAUUUACAAAUACGAGCUGCGUAAGUUUCAGACCUUCUGUGGCACUCCAAAGCGAACCAUCCUCCUAGAUGACAUUGAGGACAUGGAGGAUGAGGAGGACCUGCAGGACCACCUGGAGAUUCACUUCCAGAAGCCCAGCAACUACGGUGGUGAGAUAGAGAGCAUCAAGUACAUCUCCAAGGGGAAGGCUUUGCAGGCCUUUUUCUGUGAGGACAUGGAGGAGAUGGAGGACUGACUUUAACCAGCAGGAUCCCCCCCAGCUACAACAUGUAAAGAAAGUAAUAAGAGCAACUGGUAAUCUGUCUGUCCGCUCCUAAGGCUUGUCUGGAAUACUGAAUCAUAUCUGUAAUACGUUUUUUUGAUUGUUUGUCAUCCUGAUUAGAGUCAGAUAAGAAGAUAUAGUAAUUUCAUCUUGUGUGUUCAACAGAGGGUAUGCAUUUGAUGAUAUGGUAUAUUUGGUGUAUCACAUAGAAAAGGGUGUUAAAAAGCAAAACAAAGGCCAUUGGCAAGGCAUUCAACAAUGAUCUUGAUCUUUUGAUGUACCACACAGUCUUUUCCCUUCAUACAAGCUUUAGUGUGGAAUUUCUUAUUUACAAUUAAUCUAACCUGGGCUGUCAAGAGAUAAAAGUCUAAAUAAUACAUGACAUGGGAGGUUCAAGUGGUUACACACCAGUUGACAGAGGUGACAGUUAUUUCUUCUCCUUUGAUUGAUGAUGGAUGUGAUUAGAAUGUCUGUAAAGCAUUAAAACAGUUUUCUAGGCUUAUAAUGUACCCGUCUUCAACUUGUGUUUGAACUCUCAAUCUGUUUUUCUCUUCUGCUGUGCAUUGUAAUAAAAAUUCUGAACACGGAUUCAA